AUGACCCACUGCCCACUGUGCAAUGCAUAUGUGGCCAUUCCGCAUGAUUUUCAGCAUGUGAUCCCUGAACCUCCCACUAUAGUAAUAGAUGUGGAUGACACUGGGUCUAUGGCUGAUUUCAUCUCUGCAUGGCUGGUUCAUCAGCUGGGACUGAAGUCCUUUGAAUUGGCCAAACCUUUGCCUGUGCACCUCGCUGUGCAAGGCUCUCGGUCCAAGAUCCACUCUGAAUGUCAAGCUAUGAUAGUUUACCAAGCUAUCAAUGAAGUCCGAUGCUUUGACGUCACUAAUCUGUCUACUUAUGAUGUAGUUCUGGGUACACCUUUCUUCUUUCAACAUCAAGUGGCACUUGAGUUUAAUCCCACUACCAUCGAGAUCGGAAGUGCCAAGUCACUUCCUAUUGAAGGUAAAUGCUUGAAAGUCCUUGAAUCAAGGGCUACAGAGAUGUAUGAGGACCGUCUUAAAGGUGUGCAUGAACAUCUUCGCGAAUAUGCAAAGCCCAUUUGUAAAUCGGCGCAGGACUCUCCCCUACCACCGCUGCAGGCAAUAAAUCAUGUCAUACCUUUAAAAGACCCUAAUAAGGUCUAUACUUGGUGA